AUGGCGAGUGAGGCUGGACGACCGAUCGUGAGCCAGUCGCCCAGCAGACGGGAACCCAAAUGCACGCUGCCGCCGGAGAAGGUCUUUUCGAUCCAGAUAGGAACGGAGCUCUUCCGGCUCUCAGGGGCCUCCAUUGCUUCCGAUGCCCCGUCAUAUUUCUCCCGCUUCUUCGAAGAACAGCUGCGCCUGCAUGGAGACGUCUCCAACGUCAGAACCCUCUACAUUGAUCGGGAUCCGACUACAUUCCAGGAGAUUGCCAAACAUCUGCAAGGCUACCAUAUCCUGCCCAAAGAUGGGCCCCAAUUCGUGAAGUUCUUCGCCGAUGCCCAGUUCUACAGCUUGCCUCGGUUGAUCUCCCAACUGUUCGAAUCGGAGAUCUUCGUCCGAAUUGGUGGUCGCAAUUUCCAGAUCCCUCGCGACAUCUUCUCCGGCCCUGGUGAUACUCCGAACUUCUUCACGUUGGGAUUCGCGGCCUUUUUUGCCUCGCCGACGGAAGUAUUUCCCGGGCUCGACCGGCAAGGUUUGCUGCGGCCACCGGCGAUCACACCCCCCAGCGUCCCCAGCCGUUCGGGGGAAGUCUUUGCACAGCUCCUCCACCUCCUUCGCGGGUAUCCUUUGGACAUUCGAAGCGAAUCGCAUCGCGAAGAGCUCCUUCGAGAUUGUCGCUACUUCCAUCUACGUGGGCUGGAGCAGAAACUUAUACCUCAUCAUAUCAGCUUCAACCCCGUCCGCAAACGGGAUGAGAUUAUCAUCCGUCUCGAGGACGUCCGUCGGUCUGGCAUUGAUGUCGAGGAUAUCCCUCUUCCUCCCGGCCCGAUGCAGGCGGACGUCGUGUCCGCAGGCUUUGUUACCUAUACGCGGCCGUUCAUUGACGAGAAGAAGUACGAUUUGAUCAUCGAGAUUGGCGACGAAAGCACCGUCCUCGACAUGACCAGCAGACGUCCCACCUUUCUGGGCGCUACGAAAACCCGCAUCACCAGCCUCUUGCAGAUAAUCGCCAGCAAGAAACCCAACCAGAACCGGCUAGCAGGGAUGGAUGGAUCGCAGCCCCCACCGGAAGACCGUCUGUGGGCCUCGCUGUCGAUGGACACUGAUAUGACCGUUGAUGGAGAACGAGAAUACUUUCCCGACAUCCUCCGGGACAAUACGCCUGGCCUGGAACAUCUCUCAGAGGAACCGCAGAGAAAGCGCAAACGCGUCGACGAAGGCUCCAUUGACCGUCCUUGGGUCGUGCGCAACGGACAGUGGCGACUGUGCCUGCAGCCGAGGGCGAAGGGCGAUGGUAUGGAUUUUAUCAUGGUGGCAGUCAAGUUGGACGUGUUUACGCGGCAGCGAACGCGCAAUCGGAUGAGGACGUUUCUGGGGUCCUAA